AUGAAGCCGUUUGCAACAGCACUUUCUCAUAUCUCAAAGAAUACUUCUGUUCAGCUCAGAGAGUGGAAAUGUCUGAUCGAGAACUUUCGGUUUGCUGUGCAGCAGAGUCAAUGGAGCAGGAGCGAUUAUCACGGCCGUCGAUAUCACAACGCGGGGAGCAGGAGCUUGGUGUCGUUUGCUUCCAGCAAGCAUGGAUACUACAAGCGCCAUCCUCGCUUCGUCCAGUCGACUCCCAUGGUGAAGAAGGUAUCCAAUGAGCGGGACACUUACUACAAGUUGAGAAUCCACACUGGGGACCUCAGGGGAGCAGGGACCAACGAGCGCGUAUACGUGCGGCUGCAUGGGGAGAAUGGAAGCUCUGAUCAGCUCCCUCUUGCUGUCGAACUGCAGAGAGCCAUGACGGUAGAGGCUAUCCUGAAAGUGCAAGGUGACCUUGGGAUCUUGGAGAGGAUGGAGGUUGGCUUCGUGAACGCGGAGGAGGCGGAGAAGAAGCAGGGGGCGGGUUGGCUGCUGGAUCGAGUGGAGGUGACGAGGAUCGACGGGGAAGGGCGACACUUCCCCAAGGCCGUCGUCUUCCCCUGCCAGCGGUGGAUCGGUCAGAGCGAGAGCGGGUCGAGGAGCGGAAAGAGUGUGCAGACCCUCUUCCCGAUGGCUACAGAGCAGUCGUAUCCCUGGAGAUGGGGAGCACAUGAGCGCCCGGUAUGGAGGAAGCAUGCGGGGUCGGGAGACCUCUCCCUUUGCACGGUGGCAGCUGCCGUACCCCAUCCUAACAAGGUCGCCAAGGGAGCUCGGGGCUACAUUACGAGGGAGUUCGGGUACGCCGGGGAGGAUGCGUUCGUCAUAGUCAACCAGGGGCCCCUGCAGCUGAUCGCGGUGGCGGACGGGGUUGCGAGCUGGUGGGAGCUGGGUAUCGAUGCCGGGGAGUACUCGAGGCUGCUGCUCUCGUGUGUGAAGGAGACCGCCCUUGAGAUCCUGCAGCAGACAAUGAUGCCCGAGGCCGGGGUGGGGACGGAGGAGAUGAUGCGUCAGGAGCCAAACAGUGAGCCCAAGUACUUGGAUCCCGUCAACCUCCUGCAGCAAGCAUGGGACAAGGUCAGGAGGACUCCGAGCGCGGCAGGGUCGUGCACGGCCUGCAUCCUGAUGCUUGAUGGGUCAACCAACACAGUGAGGGCAGCAAACUUGGGUGACUCUGGCUUCAUGAUCGUCAGGAUCAUCUCGCUGGAGAGACGCGGGCUCCCCAUCCUGAACACCAACGCCUUCAACAACGUCGUUGAAAUCGCUCCUGAGAGCGCGAACUUGCCCAUCAAGACUGCCAACUACUCGGCUUCAGGGCAGCAGAAGGUGUACGGGAGAACACCUCCUCGUCCCCGCUUCCAGCUGGGGCAUCAUCAGGGGACAGACUCACCAGAGAUUGCAGAGAAGAUAGAGCUGGAGGUGAGGGAGGGAGACUUCGUCAUCAUGGGGACAGACGGACUUUUUGACAACCUCGGAGAGGACGCGAUCGCUGCGAGGAUCCUGCAGGCUUACAACAUGAUGCGCAUCGACGGGAAAGUAGCGAGGGCAGUCUGCAGCUGGGCCUCGCAGGCUCUCCUCAACGAUGCUUUCAAUACUUCACUGUCCAAGACCGCCAUCACCCCGUUCUCCAUAGCUGCUUCCGAGGAGCUGGACCUUGCCUACAGCGGAGGGAAGAUGGAUGAUAUCAGUGUGCUCGUCGGCAUGGUAGAGCAUCAGGUUCAGGCAUAA